ACCAUUGAGUUAAUAUUAAAGAUAGAAAGAGCGAGAUACUUGAACUUGUUCAACAGUUGAUAAAGAGAGAAAGAGCAUUAGUAUACCACUCUACUUUAUUCUAAUUGGAUCUUUAAUAUUAACUGUGUACAUAAACCACCAAUCAAAAGCGAGUAAAGAGAGGUAGAAGGUGGUAUAUCGACACUCUGUUUCUCUUUCAAUAAUACCGCCCUCUCUAUGUAACUUUAUGACCUAUACUUUUGUUGCGCACGAACAAUUAAUUUUUGUUAAAACCUAAGUGUAUAUAUAAUAUCGAAAGUAUCUUUUGUAAACCAGAAGAUUCAAUGUUAGUAAACGUAGUGUAUAUUGUAUACAUAACCUAAACUGUUUACUAUAUAAAGUUGACCGUACAACAGAAUCACGGGAUGACUUUAGGUGGAACGCCUACAGAAGUACCUGUAGAACAGGUACACGCUAAAAGUAUCAUAGUUAUCCAUCCGGGGUCGUUAAAUUUAAGAAUAGGCAGAGCUUCGGAUUUAAAUCCGUUAACAACUUUACAUGCUAUCGCAAGGAGGAGAUUACCGAAUGGAAUUGAAUAUACAGACAGUUUUUUACCAGAACGAGUUGAUUCGACGCAAAUACAAGAAUUGGAGGAAGCUAGACUAGCAGUAUCACAUACCUUACAGUCUUGUCUACAAUCUGAUGGACGAAGAAGGUAUGCUACUCCACCGCAACAAAUAGCAGCUUUUAAUCGUCGUUCCGAACCGGAAUUAGUGAGUAACACAGGUGGUGAUUGGGUAAAACCGGAAGGUGACCUAGUUAUUGGUAAUGAUAUAUUGCGAUUAGAUCCAAAGCAAGAAUUCAACAUACAUUUUCCUUAUAAAAGGGGAGAACUAAAUGUUCAUUCAGGACCAGGGGGUUCAAUCACAUCUAUUAUGGCCGAUUUAGAAACAAUAUGGACUUAUAUACUUGAAGUGAAUUUUCAAAUUAGUCGAAAGGAGUUAAAACAUCACAAAGCUGUUUUAGUGAUACCAGACGUUUAUAAUAGGGUGUAUUUAAGGGAAUUGAUGUAUCUUUUGUUAUGUAAAAUUGGUUUCGGUAGUUGUUUUCUACUACAGGAUCACGUGGCAGCUACAUUCGGAUCCGGGUUAAGUUAUGCGUGUGUAAUUGAUGUUGGGGAUCAAAAAACGUCAGUUUCUUGUGUUGAAGAUGGGAUUUGUCACCAAAAUACCAGGGUUAGAUUGGAUUACGGGGGUGGUGAUAUAACUCAAGUAUUUUUUUGGCUUCUUCAAAAAUGCGCUUUUCCUUAUAAAGACUGUACGGAUAAAAAUAAAUUAGACACAAUGUUGUUAAGAAAACUCAAGGAAGAUUUUUGUCACGUUAAUUUAGAUGUAUGUGGUUCUCAGGAGAAAUCUUUUAUCUUAAAACAACCCGAUAUGCCAGUUUAUCAUUUCACUAUUCAAGUUGGUGAUGAAUGUAUUGUUGCUCCAUUGAGUCUCUUUAGUCCUGAAUUAUUUGCCAUCACUGGACCAAAAUUCAUACAUACCCAGAAGAUAUCAACCGGAGACCCUGAAGAUCCACAUGAUGAAAUAUAUUUGAGGGAUAUUAGGAAAAAGGGUAUGAAGGAAAGUUUGGAUACAGCAAAUUCCGAUAUGUUAAAUGAUACUUUUCUUGAUAACCAACAAAAUGCUCCUAACGAAGACGAUAUUGUGGUGGAUGCUAUGGAUCCGAUUAUGCCAGCAUCUAUUAAAGAAUUUGUAACAAAUCCAGGGCAAAUAUUGAGUCUGGAUCAAGCGGUUCUUCAAAGUAUUGAUAGAUGUCCAAACGAAGAAAUAAAAAGGAAAAUGUACGGGUGCAUUUUAGUGGUUGGUGGAGGGAUGAAAUUUUCAGGUAUAGGCACGUGGCUCCAGAAUAGAAUUUCACUUCAGAUUCCUUAUUUGUAUCGAGCUGAACAACUCGAUAUUGUAACCAAUCCUCGAGAUAUGGAUCCAGCAAUGGUUGCAUGGAAAGGAGCUUGUAUUAUGUCCUGUUUGGAAACUGCUCACGAACUUUGGAUCCAGGCUGAGGAAUGGGAAAAAUUUGGUGUAAGAAUCUUAAGAGAGAGGGCCCCGUUUACAUGGUAGACUAUCGAUAUUCUAUUUCCAAAUAUAGAUUGAGAAAUGUAGUAGAGAAUUUAAACUAAUAAGUCGAUAAUCAUUUUUUAUUUGUAUAAUUAACAUACAUAGUGCAAAUCAAAUUCCAAUUAUUUCAUAUUUUUGAUACACUGAGAGUAAAUGUUGGAAACAAAACCAUUUUUAUGAAUAUUCAACAAAAUUAUUUUGAAAAAUACGUGGAACAAUAUAAAAGCUGUUUGAAUUAAUUAGCCGCAAAUUUUUUUAAAUCUUAUAAAAUAAAGCACUAUUUUGAGGUUGUUUUUUUUUUAUUAUUUAAAUAUAUACACAACAUUAAGAUCAGGAAAUUUUCAUAUAUACAAAAUUGGUUAUUUUUCUUUUAAUAUUAAAAAUAAUUACACUAUUUUUACAACCGAACGGUGACAGGCUGCAGAUUUUUAUAUAUUACAACAAAUGCCAAGGUCCUAAGUCUGCAGUUUUGCUUCUUCAUUUCGGUGUUCACUUCAUUAUUUUUCUAUUAUUACCUCGAUCUAAAUAUUUUCUCUUUUAGAAUCUUUCCAAAGCACCCAUCCCAAUGCAAUGAAGAUUUUUCAUGGAUGUAUAUGAACGUCAAUGCCAAGGAAUUAUCCAUCAACUUUAAAUUGUAUUUUAAUUUGAUUAUGUUCCACGAUGCUUUUCCAAGAGUCGGUAACUUGGUAGAUAGAUCAUAGACUUUAAAUAGUUAACGGAAAGUUUGACUGAGGAGAAAAUAAACACACGAAUGAAGUGACUACUUCUGUAUCAGAAGAAAUAAAAAAAAAACUGCAACAAAAAACGAAAUAAUUUAUUCACAAGGCCUUUCGGAGAGCCGGUGAUUCAGUAGAUACAUCCUAGGCUCUAGAUUGGUCAUGGAAAGUACUAUUGAAGAAAAAUUGAAAUCAACAAUGAAGUAAAUACUGUCAGCUUCCAAAGAAAUGGCAAAAAUUUUAACAAAAAAUGAAAUUACUGAUUUAUAAGGCCUACCAGAUACCUGGGGCCUCAGUAGAUAGAUCCUAGGCUACGGAUUGGUCAUUCAAAAUACGAUUAAAGAGAUAUUAGACUCAACAAUGAAGUAAAUACUUUCAGCUUCCCAAAAAAUGGCACAAAUUUUAAUAAAAAAUGAAAUUACUGAUUUAUAAGGCCUACCAGAGACCUGGGGCCUCAGUAGAUAGAUCCUAGGCUCGGGAUUAGUAAUGGAAAGUAUGAUUAAAGAGAAAAUAAGUACAAGAAUGCUGAAGAAAGUAAAAUACCAGGUGAAAUUGGCAUUUGCUGUUUUAUAUAUGUAUUAUGUGAAUCUAUAGAUUUCCAAAUAAACUGUUUCUCGGGUAAUAAUUGUUAAUAGUUAACAAUAAAUUUUUCUUAAGCAACAUUCCAAGAUAUUUAUAAUUGUUUUUAUAGACUAAAAUAUGUUUCAGUUUUUUACUUUAUCGAAACGUGGGUUUGUUGUAAAUUGGGAACAAAUAUAUCAGUCUGUAUGUCUUGCAACCUGAGAUAAAUGCUCGACAUUUUUGUUAACCAAUACAGUCAGAUAGAUCUAAUCCUGGUUCAUAAUUUUUUUACUAAAAACGACAUUAUGAUCACAUCUUAGGUAAAUCUGUGAAAAUAAAAAUAAUUACCCAGGUGAGUAACCAGGAUAAAAAAAUUAUUUUAAACAGUAGUUCAAAUGUCCCAUGUGAUUUGGUUAGGUUAGGUUAGUCCCAUGUGAUUUGGUGUUUUGUAAUUAUGAAUAUCAUUUAAAAAUGAACUUGUAGGGUAUCAUCCAGUUAACAAACUGUCGAAGAAUCUUUAAAAUAAAAAUAAAACAGCAAACUGAGUCCACGUUUUAUCACUUGAAUAUCUUAUUGCCUUUUUCAUGGAAAUAUUUUUCAUCUGCAUGGAACUUAAUGUAAAUUCUGUUUUUAUACAAACUAAUGAUAACUAACAUAUUUUGUAGUAAAGUACCACAUCUGAUUUUGGAUAAAAAACUACAUUCUACCAAUUUCUUUCCAAUUGGGAUGUCUCUUUUAUUGAUACUUUAAUUUUACAAUAAUAAAAAAAUCAAAUCCAUCAAUAUGAUAUAAGAAACAACAAGAUGGAUAAAUAUUGUUGGAAGAUGGAUUUCGAAACCUCCAUGUCAAGGAUUUGGGUCUUACAAGUUGUUGGAAGAUGGAUUUUGAAGCCUCAGUGUCAUAGAGAAGCUCAAAAACUAGGAUUUGGGGCUUACAAGUUGUUGUAAGAUGGAUUUUGAAGUCUCAGUGUCAUAGAGACGCUCAAAAACUAGGAUUUGGGUCUUACAUGUUGUUGUAAGAUGGAUUUUGAAACCUCUAUGUCAUAGAGACGCUCAAAAACUGGGAUUUGGGGCUUACACGUGGUUGAAAGAUGGAUUUUGAAGCCUCAGUGUCAUAAAGAAGCUCAAAAACUAGGAUUUGGGGCCUACACGUUGUUGUAAGAUGGAUUUCGAAACCUCUAUGUCAUAGAGAAGCUCAAAAACUGGAUUUUGGAACUUAUACGUUAUUGGAAGAUAGAAUUCGAAACCUCUAUGACAUAGAGAAGCUCAAAAACUGGGAUUUGGGGCUUACACGUUGUUGUAAGAUGGAUUUCGAAACCUCUAUGACAUAGAGAAGCUCAAAAACUGGGAUAAGAAACAACAAGAUGGAUAAAUAUUGUUGGAAGAUGGAUUUUGAAACCUCCAUGUCAAGGAUUUGGGUCUUACAAGUUGUUGUAAGAUGGAUUUUGAAGUCUCAGUGUCAUAGAGAAGCUCAAAAACUAGGAUUUGGGGCCUACACGUUGUUGUAAGAUGGAUUUCGAAACCUCUAUGACAUAGAGAAGCUCAAAAACUGGGAUUUGGGGCCUACACGUUGUUGUAAGAUGGAUUUCGAAACCUCUAUGUCAUAGAGACGCUCAAAAACUAGGAUUUGGGGCCUACACGUUGUUGUAAGAUGGAUUUCGAAACCUCUAUGACAUAGAGAAGCUCAAAAACUGGGAUUUGGGGCUUACACGUUGUUGUAAGAUGGAUUUCGAAACCUCUAUGACAUAGAGAAGCUCAAAAACUGGAUUUUGGAACUUAUACGUUAUUGGAAGAUAGAAUUCGAAACCUCCUUGUCAUAGAGAAGCUCAAAAACUAGGAUUUGGGGCUUACACGUUAUUGUAAGAUGGAUUUUGAAAUCUCCAUGUCAUAGAGAAGGUCAAAAACUGGGAGCUCGGUGUUGAUGAGUCACGUCAGCCUGUUAAAUAUGUCUUGCACCUACUCCUCUAGGUGGGAUCAUGUCGAACAGCUCGGGAGAGCAUCUUCUGCGGUAGUAUAGAUGAAACAAAAUCAGGUCAGUGACCUUUUUUCUAUGAUUUAAGGUUCUAGUCAACUCUGGAUCGCCUAUAAGUCGAAAUACUUCCUUCUGUAUCGAAUCUAGCAUCCUCAGAGGAUAGAAGGUGUUGUGGAGUAUCCGACAAGCAUUUAAGGUGAUAUUUUAUACCAGACAAGACCUAAUCCUGAACUACAGGAUUUGUGAAAACAACCAGCUUGGGUUUUUGCUGCAUUAAACUCAAUCAGAUUGUGGUGGUGAUCUGUUUCUGCCUAUUGCCUUAAACAUGGACGUUGGUAUAUUCGGUUAAGCUUCGGAAUUGAUUUAUUUUGAUAUUAAAGUGAUAUAUAAACACUUGACACAUUCUGUAAAGCCUUGAUAGCCAAAAUGGCAUUAAAUAUCAUAAUUGUUCAAAUAAAUCUAGUCCGAAAAAUAUAACACGCAGUUUUUAGUAAUAAUUUCCAAAAUACAUACACGCUAAGUGCUAUAACAUAAACUUUGUUCUCAGACACCCCUAGAAGUGUAUCGGUAGCUAGGGAAGUGGAGAUACAAAGUUGGUUAUGGCAUUAACGUGUUACUGAGAAAUUUCCUCAA